AUUGUGGAACAAACACAACUAGAUGGCGAAAUAAGUGAACAAAAAUAGCAAAUCCCAAAUAAAAUCCCAGGAGAAUGGAAGUGGUGGUUGGAGAAUGGUGGAGCCAAGCCAUAGUGCAACAUUUCUCCCCCCUCUUCCUUCUCUGAGAACCCUUUUCCUCUUCUAAAGAGAGAGAGGAAAAAAAAAAAAGGGGUUCUUGGUGGCGUAGGUGAGAAACAGCGAGCAGUGAUGGGGAGGGUGGAGUCCUCUCGGCCGGCACUCCUCCGGAGAAAAAUGGCCGAGUCUCCCCCUUCUUCCAAUUCUACAUCCCCACCACCUGAGGCAUCACCACCCCCAGCAUCUCCACCACCAUCGCCACCACCCUCAACAGCACCUCCACCGGCCACCCCGGCCGAUCCACCUCCAUCAUCGCCCCCACCUUCGCCACCAUCCCCACCACCUGAGUCGAAAAAGUCUCCCUCUCCGCCACCUCCACCAACCCAGUCUGUUGUGACACCGCCGCCACCACCACCACCUCAGUCUAUGUCCUCAACACACCAUUCUGGUGCAAUCCCACCCCCUCCAAAGAGUUCUAGGAACACAUCACCUUCGUCAUCGACCACAGACGACUCGAAGUCAUCGAAGAAUGUCAAGAAUAGCGGCGGCGGGGGCAGCGGCGGCGAUGGUGGAGGAAGCAGCGAUACUGACACAACUGAUGUGCCUCUUAUCGUGGGGGCUGCCGUGGGCAUCACACUGUUCGUCAUUGCUUUGCUGGCUGUUGCAUUAUGCUGCUGCCUUAAGAAGAAGAAGCAUCGCAAUAGCAUGCGGUAUUAUGAUUCUCCAAUGAUCAAAGGUGGUGGAUACUACAACAAUGGAUCACUUCCGAAAUGGCAACCCCAAGGGAUGGACCACAUGGGCAAGGUCCCACCACCUCCAGGUGCAAUUGGGCCAGGUGGAGGUGGGUGGCAGCAAUCACCACCUCCGAUGAUGAUGAGUAGUGGUGACAUGAGCGCAGGCUACUCUGGUCCCCAUGGUCCUCCAUUGCCACCCCCUUCGCCCAACAUCGCCUUGGGGUUCAACAAGAGCACCUUCACCUACGAGGAGCUGGCAUCGAUAACAAAUGGGUUCUCGCAGGCCAAUCUCAUCGGGCAAGGCGGGUUUGGGUAUGUAUACAAGGGUGUGCUCCCUAAUGGAAAGGAGGUUGCAGUGAAGCAGCUUAAGGCAGGGAGCGGACAAGGGGAGAGGGAGUUCCAAGCUGAGGUCGAUAUCAUCAGCAGGGUCCAUCAUCGCCACCUUGUGUCUCUUGUUGGAUAUUGCAUUGCUGGCUCGCAACGGAUGCUUGUCUAUGAGUUUGUUCCCAACAAUACUCUAGAAUAUCAUCUCUAUGGAAAAGGCCUUCCAGUAAUGGAUUUUCCCUCAAGAUUGAAGAUAGCUUUGGGAUCGGCGAAGGGUCUCGCUUACUUGCAUGAAGACUGCCACCCACGUAUUAUCCAUCGUGACAUCAAAGCUGCUAAUAUUCUCUUGGAUGGUAAAUUUGAAGCCAAGGUUGCGGACUUUGGACUGGCCAAGUCAAAUUCCGACAAUAACACGCAUGUUUCGACGCGUGUCAUGGGAACUUUUGGGUAUUUGGCUCCUGAGUAUGCAUCAAGUGGAAAGCUGACAGAGAAAUCUGAUGUAUUCUCAUUUGGUGUGAUGCUUUUGGAGCUGAUAACGGGACGACGUCCUUUCGACCCCACUGGUGCACUCAUGGAAGAUAGCUUGGUCGAUUGGGCAAGGCCUCUUUUAAGCCGUGCAUUGUCUGAUGAAAACUAUGAGGAGCUUGUAGAUCCCCGCUUGGAGAAUAAUUACAAUGCAACAGAGAUGCAACGCAUGAUAGCAUGUGCUGCUGCUUGUGUUCGCCAUUCUGCAAAGAAGCGCCCCAAGAUGAGCCAGAUUGUGAGGGCAUUGGAGGGUGACACAGCGCUUGAAGACUUGAACGAGGGGGUGAAGCCUGGGCAGAGUACAUAUUUCAACUCAAGCUCAGACUUUGAGUCAGGUUCAUACAGCGCGAAAAUGAGGAGAUUCAGAAGGACUGCGCUUGGAAGCGAGGAAUUCAGCAAUGAGUACAGUGGACAAACCAGCGAGUAUGGGCUCAAUGCAUCGGAUUCAAGCAGCUCUGGGGACUUAAAUUCUCUUGGAAAUCAGAGGAACAAAGCUCGUUGAUGUUCCUGAAAAAAAUUUAAAAAAAAAAGAGAAAAAAGAAUGAUGAUCAUAAUAGAAGAAAUACUCAUUCAUGAGACCAAGGAGCAUAUUGAGUUGAAUGCAUUGUAGCUUUCUUUUGUUGGUGGGAGAGAUGAUUUGGUUAAUGUCUGUGAGUGUUUGUUCUUAUUAAUAUCGUAAUUAUUGGACUUGGCUUCUAUUAUU